AUGGACCCACGACCUGGGCACGACCGCCGGACCUUCACCUCGACCACGGUGACGACGAAGACGGUGCCCACUGAGACGGUCACCUUCACCGCGCCGAGCACGAGGAACAAAAACAGACUGGGGUUGUUCCGGUCUGGAGCGAACUUCCAGUGCCACUGGCGAGAAAAAAAUUUACCUUCUCCGAGAGGCCUUGGUCACUUCCUUUUCAAUCAACAUCUUCUAGAUGCAGAUCUUGCCUGCCCAGAAGCAUCGCAGAUCACAGCCACGCGAAACUGUGGGCAUCAAGAUUUCAAGUGCCAAGCCCACGAUGUCACCUGA